CUAUCAAAACAUUGCCAUGAUUAUACUCUACUCCUCAAAUAUAUACUCUUAUCUUCUUUUCAGUAGCCAUGGCCUCCUUAAACUGCCACUUUCAUACAACUAACUUGUUGAAUUCUAAGAAUGUCAAUAGCAGAAAGAAGAAACGUUUCAUAUUUUGCUCAGCGCAGCCCACACAAAGCAAUAUUAAGGUUGUGAUUAAUGGAGCAACCAAGGAUAUAGGAAGGGCCGCGGUAGUUGCAGUGACUAAGGCUCGAGGAAUGGAGGUUGCAGGAGCUGUGGAUACUUGUCAUGUUGGGGAAGAUAUUGGAAAGGUCUGUGGCAUGGAAGAGCCCCUUGAAAUACCUAUAAUAAAUGACCUUACUUUGAUUUUGGGCUCUAUAUCUCAGUCCAAGGCACCGGGAGUUGUAGUUGAUUUCACUGACCCUUCAUCAGUAUAUGACAACGUAAAACAGGCAACAGCAUUUGGCAUGAAAAGCAUAGUUUACGUGCCUCGAAUCGAAUUAGACACGGUAGCUGCAUUAUCUGCACUCUGCGAGAAGGCCACCAUGGGUGUUUUGGUUGCACCAACCCUUUCCAUAGGAUCAAUAUUACUGCAACAAGCUGCGAUUUCAGCUUCUUUCCAUUACAGCAACGUGGAAAUUGUGGAGUCCAGGGCUAAUGCAAAAGAUCUUCCAUCGGCAGAUGCAAACCAAAUUGCCAACAAUCUCUCCAACAUAGGUCAAAUCUAUAACAGAGAAGACUCUUCAACAGAUGUUCUGGCAAGGGGUCAAGUCCUUGGAGAUGGAGUUCGUGUUCACAGCUUGGUCCUUCCAGGACUUCCUUCUAGUACAGCAGUUCACUUUUCUGGUCCAGGAGAUGUUUACUCUGUGAAGCAUGAUAUCACAGAUGUGCAGUGUCUCAUGCCAGGCUUGCUAUUAGCCAUUAGAAAAGUAGUGCGUCUCAAGAAUUUGGUAUAUGGUCUGGAGAAGUUUAUAUGAACUCAAUCUCCUUGCCAAAACCUUAACCUGGUCCAACUCAAGGGCCCUUCCACUCCAGCAUGUUCACAAACAUCACAUAGAAGGUUUGAAAAUAAGUAACAAAAUAGAUACAGGACCUUGUUCCCAGAUUGUUUUCUAGGAACCCAAUUAUUCCGUCACAUCAUUUGAUGAAUUUUCCUGUUGGAAAUAUUUUUGUACACCCGAUUAUAAUUCAGAUGUAUUCAUGGCUUCUAUGUCAAAACGAUCUA